AUGUCUAGCUCAAUCCACCAGCCGCCGCGCGACGGCUCGGCGCAGGAACAAGCCAACGCCAUCCCGGCUAAUCCAAACGACGCCGGCAUCAGCGACGAAGGCAUCCCUCGCCCUCCCCGACAUGAACUCAAAUCAGUCGUGCCAUACCUGCUCAACAACAGUCCGGAGUUCCGUCGACUCAUCGUAGCCAAGAAGACAGUAAGUUCCCAUCCAAACCCACAUAUAUCCCCAUCCCAUCUUGUCCUAUGCAUCAAGAUGCAAGACCAAUGCUCACAUCACACCACCGACCAGGACUGGAGAGUCCCCGCAACUCCGACGAGCACCUCGGGUCCGGUACCUGCCAACUCAGCCGAAGACCCAACCCUCAAGCUCCACAGGACAAUGAGAGCAGUCGGCCGCGAACUCGAGCGUUGCACCAACGCCUUCAAGCUCAACCCAGCUCUAAUCGACGAGAACAAGAACAACUCAGUCCCACCCACCAUCCUCAAUCUCUGCAUGGCGCCGGGUGCCUUCCUCGAGCUGGCUAUGCGCCAGAACCCCACUGCCGAGGUCGUGGCAUUCACGCUUCCAGUUUCUCAGGGAGGAUACGGCAGUGUUGUUUCUCCUGCACAUCCGAAAGUGAACCUGAAGUUCCUCGAUAUCACCAUGCUAGCUGCUGAUAUUGGUAUCGAGGAUGAGGAGAUCCCGUCCGACCAUGUCGACGCGAAUAACUUCCUCCCGCGCGAGCUGGAUGAGGAUCAGCUAUUCGAUCUGGUUAUCUGUGACGGACUGGUUGCGAAGAAUCAGCCGCGUGCUGAGUACCGCGCACACCGUGAAAAGAGAAGAUUGUUGGCCGCGCAGCUUGUGCUGGGUCUGUCCCAUGUCAAGUGUGGGGGAACUUUCAUUAUUCGUCUUUAUCGGCUUGAGGCGUGGACUACUGUCAAUAUUGUUCGGGCGUUUUGCCAGUUCGCCGCUACCCUUCGGCUGUAUAAGCCGAAGAGUGGCAAUGCGCGGAGUGGUGCAUUUUACCUUGUUGCCCAGGAUAUCGAUAUUGAUGAUGACGUUGCCCUGGAUGUGAUUGAGGAGUGGAGGUGGGCCUGGCAGGUUGGCACGUUUGGGACCGAUGAGGAAUAUGAGAAGAUGGCAAGGGAGGAGGGUCCGGAGGUUGACGAGUUGCUUGAGGAGUUUGGGGAGACGCUUGUUGCGUUGGGAGAGAGGAUUUGGACGACCCAGGCUGAGGCGCUUGAUUAA